UGCCGUGUAUAUUAUUUAUUUAUUGCUUGAAGAGAACAACGAAAGGAGGAAAUACCCUUUCUGCUUCUUCUACAUACUCGCUGGGCUUAUCACUAACCCUAAUUAUAGAUUUUCGAUUCAAUUAGAUCCUCCAUGGCCAGUGAAUCCACAGAGCACUCUCGUCGGAAGCAUCGUCGGUCAUCUCCUUCCGAUGAAGAAGUUAAGGAUACAUCAAAGCGCCGUAAGCACCGUCAUCAUCACCGUCGCCACCGUCACCACAGCAAAAAACACCACGAAGGUGAUUCGAAUCCGGAUAUUGAAACUGAUAAGGCUGAGGCUGAAAUUGAGCACAAAAAGCAGGAACUUGGUGGGGUAGCUACAGGUCUGGUCAAUGGGUGUUCUAAUUUUGGGAUUGACUACGAUAUGGAGGAAGGGGAGAUCAUUGACGAUAUUUUACCUUCUGGUGCUGGUGUUGACGAUUUGGAUGGUAGAAAUACUGAAUUGGGUUUAGACAGGGAGACAGAAGAUAUUGUAGUCCAAAACCAUCGUCUUUUGGACCUGAACAAAUCAGAUAUGAAACAUAAUAAGGCUCAAUUAGAUGGGCCUAAUUCCAGCGCGCCCUCUGAAGAUAAUUUGGAAAAAGUUGAGAUGAAUUCAAUAUCUUCAGGAGUGGACAAUGCAAAAAGGAAAGACAGAGAAUGUGAUUAUAAGAUCCACAAGCAUGUAGGCCAAGAAACAACAUAUAGUGAGGGACAUCAUGCCAAUGGCAACUCUGAUGGAGAACACCGUGGAGCGGGCCAUACAAGAUAUGUUGGAAAACACUCCCCUAAUAAAGAGAGUAGAAAGCAAAGGAGCUACUAUGCUAAUGAAAAUGAUUUCAAUCAGAGAGGUUCUGUGACGCUUGAGAGUUCUGGGAAGUGGCACACUGAUAAGGAUGGUUUCGAUAUUGAAAGAAUGAGUGGGCAUAAUCGAGACCAUCAAUAUGGAAGAUAUUUAAGGGAAAGGGGAGAGCGCAGUCCUAGUCAUAGUAGAUAUGAUAGCCGAGAGGUAAGGCAUCGUAGCCGUGAGACUAUUGAAAGGUACAGGGAAGCAAGUUUGGAUAUUGACAGGGAUAGAGCCAGAGAGAAGGAUCACGAAAGGGCAAGGGAAAAUUAUAGGGUAAGGGAGCGCGAGAGCGAUAGAGAAAGAGCACAUGCUAGAGAGAAGGAAAGGGAUAGGCACCGGGAUAAAGACAGUGAUGGGGAGAGAGGGAGGGAAAGGAGGAGAGAUAAGGAUAAGGACAGCCGAGGAGGUAGAAGUCGGGAGAGAGAGUGGGAAAGGGACAGUGUCAGAUCUAGCAGGCAGUCUAGAUAUGAUGAUUUUGGCAGGAGCCAUGGGGAUCGAGAUAGAUAUGGUGCUUCUAGGCAUAUUAGAGAUGAUGAAACUGCCCAUUGCUACAGAAAUCAGUCAGGCAACGCAGAAGGAAACAAAUCUGACAAAUCAAUUAUAGGAAUGGGAAGUGAUAAGUUUAGAAGAGAUGAAGAUGAGCAAGAGGAGUAUCAGGAGAAAAUCACGAUGCAACUUGCUGAACAAGAAGAAGAUACUGAGAGGAUUAAGGAAGAAAGUAGACGGCGUAGGCAAGCCAUACUUGAAAAGUACAAGAAUCGGCAGCCACCGAUACAAACUAAGAAUUGUUCAGAAGAACGUGAUAAGGCCGUUCAGGGCAAUAAUCGUGUGCCAGAAAGUGAUGCUAGAACUGAUGAUACAGACACUUCUGCUGGUGAUGCAGAUUUUUCAGUAGGAAAAUCACCUCGCCAGGAACAUCACUCUGUGAAUGAGCUGACUUCUGGAGUUGGUGGACUAGGACAUGGUACUCCAAAGAGUGAGAGGUUGCAUGACAUGUUCUGUGAUGAUAUAUUUGGAGAAUCACCUGCAGGAGAUCGUAAGCAAGAUAAAGCAGAUAGUUUAACCAUUGAAAGAGCUGGUCUUCAUGAUAACUGGGAUGAUGCAGAAGGGUACUACAGCUACCGUUUUGGAGAGGUGCUUGAUGGACGAUAUGAGAUCAUUGCUGCUCAUGGAAAAGGAGUCUUUUCUAUGGUUGUCCGUGCCAAAGAUCUAAAGGCUAAACCUGGCGAUCCUGAAGAGGUAGCAAUAAAAAUGAUCCGUAAUAAUGACACAAUGUACAAGGCUGGUAUGGAAGAACUGGUGAUAUUGAAGAAGUUAGUGGGUUCUGAUCCUGAGGAUAGGCGCCACUGUGUUCGCUUCCUUUCUAGCUUUAAGUACCGGAAUCAUCUCUGCUUAGUGUUUGAAUCUCUUCAUAUGAAUCUUCGAGAGGUUUUGAAGAAGUUUGGUCGUAACAUUGGACUAAAGCUUACGGCUGUGAGGGCAUAUGCAAAGCAGCUAUUUAUUGCUUUGAAGCAUUUAAGAAAUUGUGGUGUUCUCCAUUGUGACAUCAAACCAGAUAAUAUGCUGGUGAAUGAGGCAAAAAAUGUCCUGAAGCUUUGUGAUUUUGGUAAUGCCAUGUUUGCUGGAAAGAAUGAGAUUACUCCAUACCUAGUGAGCCGUUUUUAUCGAUCCCCAGAGAUUAUUCUAGGCCUGACUUAUGACCACCCAAUGGAUAUGUGGUCAGUUGGUUGCUGCUUGUAUGAGCUUUAUACAGGAAAAGUUUUAUUUCCUGGCCAAACAAACAAUGACAUGCUUCGCCUUCAAAUGGAGUUAAAGGGUCCAUUUCCUAAGAAAAUGCUUAGAAAGGGAGCAUUUAUGGAUAAACAUUUUGACCAGGACCUUAAUUUUCUUGCUACAGAAGAGGAUCCCGUGACAAAGAAGGCUGUAAGAAAGAUGAUUGUUAAUGUAAAGCCAAAAGAUAUUGGUACAAUUGUUUUGGGCUCUCCUGGUGAGGACCCAAAGAUGUUCACACACUUCAAAGAUCUCCUCGAGAGAAUAUUUAUGCUUGAUCCAGACAAGAGACUCACAGUUUCACAAGCACUCAGCCAUCCAUUCAUUACGGGCAAGUGAUCAAUGAUGAUGAUUUUGACUGCAGUCUGCAGACAUGCUGUGUUGCCACUAGAUUCUUGUAGAGUUAUGAUAACUAAAUUUGGAUACGCUCUACUAACCAUGGGCAUAUUUUUUAUUAUAUACUCUGCUGGUAUAAGUGCUGCGGACACAAGUGCUUGGCUUGAUAGAAGUGGGAAGAGAAUACAUCUGAUUGGGAGACUCCCCUCUCGGCUGUUCUUUCAGUGGAAUAUUUUCUGGUUCUAUUGAUGUCUACCAAGGUUAUGGAUGCGUCCACUUCUUUAGUUGCUUGAAAGGCACCCUGGAGAAGGUAUCUUGGUUUGUUCGUUAGGAACUUUUUAUGAGAAAUUUGCACUUUUCAUCCUUGUCCCCCAUUAAUGCUAACUUAUUUAUUGGUUGACAUUGCUCUUGGUAAUUAUAGACUCAUUAUGCAUUUAAUUUGGGUCUACUAUCUGCAGAAAGUUGGCUUUGUUGUUGAAUUUACACAUACAGUUCUGAUAGUUGAGGUAGUGGAUAUGGUGACUAGACAUUAAUCUUUCACUUAAGCGCUUGUAUUUUUUGAUUUUUUGGGUACAUGGGGAAUUUUUACGGGAAUCCUUUAACUGAGAUCUGACAACUCCCACAAUCUGAUUUAGUAACCAGUGCUUGAAUAGCUGAAUGCGUUGUUUGUGUCAUUUUUUUUGCGUUAAAUAAGUUUGCUAAUGACACUAUUGCAUCUGAUCCAUGAUGUGUUCAUGCUGGAGCAUUGUAUAUCUGGAGAUGAUAAGAAGCCUGGGAACUGAACGUAUUAAAGAGGUUGGCUUCAUGGUUCUGCAAUUAUAGUAAGUACUCUUGUUUAUGUUUUUAUUUAUUUUUGUACUGCAUGCCUGCGCAAGGCCCAAGUUAUUGGUGACUAUAGCUUGGUUCAACCCAAAUCAAGCCAAGAUGUUUCCCACUUUUGAGGGUUUAGGCAAGUUUAAGAAGUAUUUUGGUCAUUGAAGCAAAAUGCGGCAUAGGUUUUCAGAAGGUUGAAUUUUGGGUUUAAAUGAAUUACACAUUUUAAAAUACACUCCGACAGAAAAACUGGAAGGGUCAAUAGAGAUGGCGAAAUGUGAUUUUAUGAUAACACAAGCCCAAAACUGUUAUUAUACUCGUUUCGUUCUUGUCCACCAAAACUACGAAGUUGGAUUUCAUUUGGUGAACAAUGGUGCAAUAAUGGUCCUUUGUGGUUAUAUUAACCUCAGCAUCCUUCUUUUCUAUAAGGUUUUAUGGUCUUCAAUUUGAUUGAAGUUGGAACUUGAAGAUUCCGUAAUAAUUGGCGACUGAAUUUGCUAUAUUCUAUCAUUUACUUUGUUUCAAAUUAUUCGUCGAUGGUUACAGUGUCCUAGAGUUGUGGCUUAAACUAAUUAAUUGGGUGCCAGGUUUGUAACAAUAAUGAUUUUCGGUUCGUGUAGAAUAUGGUCAUUUGUUCUUGAUGAUUCCUUUCGAUGAGUAAGUUUUCUUCCCUGUCCAAAAAAGGUUCAAUUUCUUGUUCCAAAGAUUCCAGCCUGAUCAAAUUAAGCUAAUUUUGUCAAAGUAAUAGUUAAAGACUUAAAUUUCACAAAAAGUUUGAUUUAUUUUAUACUAAAAACCUAACUUUUUUCUAGAGUCAUUAUUUACAAAACUGUUCUUAGAAUAAACUUUUCUUCACCAGUUUCUUUUCUGCCAUAAAAAAAUUGUCAUGUAUAUUUUUCCUAAUUAUAUUUCAAUCGUUUUUUCUUCUAAAUAACUCCCCCAAGCCACUUGGGAAGUGUCCACCCCUAGUAUUCUAGUAAUGACAUUUAACAAAAAUUGUCUAAGCAAUAUGCUCUUUAAUUCCAAGCAUUUCUCAUUCAUCCAUGUCAUUUCUUUACAAUUCAUUUGCCUCAGAAGAUCAAAAUGACACUUGUUUAUAUUUUCAAGAUCUGAAACAGUUAGAAACUUUCCAUUUGUAUGAUUUAAAAACUGGAUAUUUUCAUGACUUAUAAUUUUAUCAUAAUGAAUCAUUUUGACUUUAAGAUCAUUUAUUCAUAUAUCAUAGACAACUUUCAUGACAUUAGGCAUGCCUACAAAGUUCAAUGAGAUAAAUGAUGCAUGAGAGGUGAACAGUUAUAAUAAAAAAAGGGAAAACUAUCAAAUUGGCCCCUGUAGUAUUUUAAAAAAUCAAUUAAGCCUCCGAACAAAAAAACAUUCAAUUAAGACCUUAAACUUUACAAAAAUGCUCAAAUUUGUAAUCUAGUAGGUAUGUUUUCAGUCAUCUUGUCAUUACCCAAAUAGGUUAUUUUAAUCGUUUUUUUUCUUCUCUUUUUUCUUCUCUUCACAUACCCCAGCCCCCCACUCUUCUCCACCUACUUUUUCUACAGUCCCCAAUCCCCCAUUCUUCUACACCUUCGAGACAAGCAAAUAGGAGAAUAGUACGACAUCAUUUCUCCCCUGCUUCUUUCCUCAUCCAGACAAGGAAUUAUGGACACCCCCCUGCAGUGGCGUAGCUAGGGGUGGGCCAGACCUGGCCCUGGCCCAGCACAAAUUUUAAAAAUGUCUUUAUUUUUAGUUUAAAAAAUUGUGUAAAAAAAUUUUCAAAAAUAUUCUAUGUACCGGUCCAGUCUGGCCCAGGGUCCUGGCUCUGCCCCUGCGCCCCUGCUUCUUACUUCUCCCAGAGUCCCAGGCAAGAAACUAUGCCGCCAUAGAUUUCAUAUAGAUCGAUGCCGUCAAUUUCAAAGGCAACAAGAAGUUGAUAUCCUACACUAAUUUGUAUGGUCUCGCCAAUGACAUGUGUUGAAGACGAAGUUGUCUCCGCCGAUGAGGAAGCUCAAGAGCUUUGCCACCCAAGUCGCGGGCGAGGAAGAUAAGUCACCGGCAAUGGACAGAGCUCAGGGGUUUGCUCGAUCUGCUCGCAAGAAAGAAGAAGGGAAGGUUUGGGCGGAAGAAGAAAAGGAGAAAGAACAAGAGAAAUACGGAAGAAGGGAGGCACCAGAGGAAGAAGAAACUAGAACCGGCAAGAAGAGAGAAAGGGAGAGAACAGAACAAGAUGUUGGUGGAAGAAGGUGAAAAAAGGAGAAAAAAAGAGAAUGAAAAAUUAAAAAUCAAGCCAGGUAGGCAAGUGACCGGUUGACCGGCAAUUAACCUCUAAAAUUUUGAUUUUGAAUGUUUUUGUAAAGUUUGAGGUCUCAAUUGAUUGUGUUUUUAGUUCGGGGGCUUAAUUGAUUUUUUAAAUACUAUGGGGCCAUGGGGGCCAAUUUGAUAGUUUUCCCUAAUAAAAACUUGAAGGAUAACUAAUUAACCUAUUGAAAUACAAGGUCGAGUUAGUACAUAUGAUCGAUUUGUAAGGGGCCAAAUAGUAAUUUAUCCCACUUCCAAGUAUAGAAAUAUGGAGUACAACUAUAAAUUGGUGAAAACGUGUGAUGGAUAACUUGUUGCCUUUUAUUUGAUGAAACAUAGUUCGCUGACCUGCAUUGUGACUUGCGAGCCCUUUGAAGUUUGAAGAGUGAAAAGUUAUUUUGUUUUAUAGAAAGGGCUGUUAUUAUUGUACUAUUGUUGUCAAUAUGGUUUGAGAAAGGAGUUGCUAAAUGCUUAAUUUAACUUGGAUUUGGAUACCGAAUGUGUAUUCUGAUAUGAUGAUUGGGUCUGGAAGGUGACAAAUUAGUGUUGAGAUAUGUUCAAGUAAAUCACACGGUGCUUUGAAAUGACUUGUUAAACAACCUUAUUAGAAUUAUGAAGUAUUUACAUCAUUGUUAAUGUAG